CAUACAAAUUCAAUUGGCAUGCUUUCUCAUCGAUUUUUGUUAAAAACCAGAAGAUAAGCAAAAAUCCCAAAUUUCUCACACUAGCAGAAUGGGACGCAGAUGUAGUGAUAUUUUCGUUCGAAGCAUUGCAAUUUAUUGAAAGCAACUCUGUGCUCUUUUAGAUAAACAAACAAAAAGAAAUAAAAAGAUUUGUACAAACGAUGGCUUGUUUUGAUGAUGAUGAAGACACCGUAUUGGAGGAGAUUCCGGUCUUUUUGUCCAAAAAUUUGCAAGAUAACUUAUACAUCUUUCAAUAUCCUACAAAGUCUCAAACGUAUAAUUUUGAGAAUGUUUCGGUGUCCAAUUGUUGCAUUAAGCCUAUCAAUCAAGAAGUAAAAGUGGAUUUUUCGCUUGAUACGGAAUCGCGUUUUUACGAUCAAUUUAAAGGUGAGCAAUUAGCUUUAGCUGCCGAUGGGAAAAAUCAAGCCAAAGGCGAAAGGCCUUCUUUUAAACGUGGUAUUAUGGAUAAGCAGGCAUUUCUUAGCUCUCGUCCUUUAGAUGAUGUCACUAAAUAUGUAGUGGGCGUUUAUGCCGACAAAGAAAUACAUUUGUCACCUUUGACCGGUAUCGUACAAUUAAGACCAUCCUUUUCGUAUUUCGAUAAAGAAGACAAACGCAAUAAAGCCGAACAAAAGACUUUGAACGAAGAGGAUGACGACGAAGAAUUACAGCAAGUAACAGUGAAGUUUGCAAGAACUAGUGCGAAAAAGGCCAAAGAACGACAGGGUUUUCAUAAUUUAAUGAAAAAAAGUGACGAAGAACCAUGGUGUGAAACGUACUGGCAUCCACGCAACUCGUCUACAUCCGAAUUGGAGCGUCAAAAACUAUUUACCACCAAUCGUCAAAGUAGUCUAGCUUUCGCAUUAGACCCAAAAGCUUAUCUUGCAAAAUUAUUGCCGAACGAAGUACGAAAUCAAAAUAUAGAUGCAGUAUUACCAUCCCGUGUAUUCAGCAAGGUUCGCUUAAAAUCACUACCUUUGUUGGAGCAAUUGAAAAUAUUACUGAAAGAUGGUCGCAUGUUGUCUUUUGACGAAAUCUUGAAAAUUUUUCAAGAUAGUGUAGAUCCGAAAAUCACUAGUGAAAAGUUGGUGAAAACUCUACCACAAGUUGGCAUUCCAAUACAUGGUAACUGGGUUCCUCAAUCGGAAGAUUUGUAUCCCAGUGAUACCUUUUCAAAUGCUAAUGGUGUUAAAUCUGAACUGAUGGUAAGGGCACGAGAUUACGUGCUAUUUCGUUUUUCCCGUGCAAAUUUUCUCGAUCGACAAAAAAUUAUAUUUGAUACGCAGCUACCACCGGAGGAAGCUACUGAGAUCUUGAAAUCGGUAGCGUAUUUAAAUUCCGACAAAAAAUGGCAACUUCUAUUGCCGCCGGACACACAAUUCGAGCAGCGUUAUCCCGUCGUAGUACAACGUCAAGAUUUGGUUUGGCGAGCUUCGGAACAGACUUAUAAUGAAAUGGAUUAUGAAAAAUCGCCGAAACGUACGCGGAAGAGGUCUCAACGUGAUUCGAAAUCAUACGCAGCCGCGUGCCCUGAUCUACCAUCCCCGGUAAAUACGUCGCUCGGUGCACCAUAACGUACGCUAACUUUGUUAACUUAAUUCUCGUAGCUGUAAAUAUAAAUUAAAUUCAAACUCUAACGUAAUAAUUUUCUCUUUUGCCUUUUGAUUACUUUCUUGUUCAGAGCGCGUAUCCCCGCUAGUUAACAGUAACUAAAAGAAACUAAACAGUUAGUUUAGGAUGGAGUUAUACUCAUUUUGCCAUACUUUUUGCAGUAUUCAAUCGAUCGAAUCUAGAUCAAUGAAGUCAUGUUUGCCCGCCUGAAUGUCUGUGUAGUGUGUGUUUUUCCCAUUCAUCUAACCGCAAACAAAAAAAUAUGGGCUUUAAAUUUCGUAGAAACCUGCAUGCAGGUUGAUAUUGAGAAUGGGGCCAAAUUGGUCGGAGCGCACGCCAGCAACA